UCUCACGCCUUCUCUUCUGAAGAGCCUGCUAGACUCCAAUGGAAGGAAGCCGAUUCCUUCGGUUCGUUAUGCCAAGAAGAACCCCACAAACCCAAAACCCCACUCUCCUCCCCACCACUCACUCCCUCUCCCACUCCCACUCUCACUCCACCGCCACCGUCUCCUGCUGCUACUGCGACUACAAACUCUUCUCCUUCAAAGACCCCAUCGUCCACUUGGGCCACAGCCACUCCCUCUUCCUCCUCGUCGGCGUCGGCUUCUCCCUCUCCGCCCUCCUCGCCGUCUCCCUCCUCCUCCUCCUCCUCCCCCUCACUCUCCUCCCCAACCGCCUCUUCCCCUCAUCACUCUCCUCCUUCUUCUCCACCCCACUAAACAACGCCGUCUACGUCGUCGUCGCAACUCUCUUUUCUGUCUCGGUACACGAGUUCGGCCACGCACUUUCUGCUGCCAGUGAGGGGAUACGUAUGGAGUAUGUGGCUGUGUUUGUCGCGUGUUUGUUUCCUGGGGCUCUGGUGGCUUUUGAUGAUGAUGUAAUGGAAGCAUUGCCUUGUUUCUCGGCGCUGAGGGUUUAUUGUGCUGGGAUUUGGCACAAUGCUGUGUGCUGUGUGGUUUGUGGAUUGGCGUUGCUGCUUCUGCCGUUUAUGUUGUUUCCGUUUUACGUACACGGUGAAAGCCCCAUGGUGUUGGGUGUGCCUUCUACGUCGCCCUUGUCUGGUUACUUGUCUUGCGGGGAUGUGAUUGUAUCGGUGGGUGUGCCUAUACGUAAUGCGCAAGAGUGGAUGGAUAUGGCGGCUUUCUUGAAUGAGUUGUCACUUAAUGAUGGAAAGAGCAACAUGGAUGCUCAAAGAGUUGGGACAAGCGGGAAGGGGUACUGUGUUACUAACCCUUUGUUGGAAGAAAGCAAACGGAUGGUUGGGGGAAAAAACCAGUCUUUGUGUUCUGACAGUCUUACAUCAUUUACAAGUGUUCCAUGUGCUUAUAGAAGCAUCUCCGGUGAAGAUCACUUGAGAAGUAUUGAGAAAACGUACUGCUUGAAUGCUAAGGAUGUAGUUAAGCUUAGUAAAUGUGGUGAUGGAUGGCCGCCUGCCGUAACCAAUGGAAACAACUGCUUCUGUUCGCAGGAUGAGUCUUGCUUGAGUCCAAUUCAAAUUCCCGGCUUAAUAUGGGUUAGGCUUGAGGUCACUUGUUCAAGGCCUUGUUCUCUGGAAUGCUUGCGAGCUAAAAGAAAAUCUUUUGCAGACUCGGGAAAUUCUGAUUCCAUGGAAUCUAACUGUGGGGGGACUUUUGUCUUUGUUGGUAACAUUAUCUCCAUGGCACGGUCAGUCCAGCUAACUGCAUAUUGACCUCGUUGGGCAUUUCCUUUGGGUACAUAUCUUCCAAAUGUACUCGAAAGGAUUUUGAGAUGCACAUUCCAGGUGUCUCUAACACUAGCUCUUCUCAACAGUUUGCCAGUAUACUUGUUGGAUGGUGAAUCAAUUUUAGAGGCAAGUCUUCUACACUUCACUUUGCUGUCCCCAAGGAAAAGAAGGAAAGUUGUUCAAGUUUGUCUUCUUGGGGGCACACUCAUGUCCAUCCUGGUCUCUUUGAAGAUUGUUUUGUAUGGUUUGUAGGCAGAAGGUAGCAAAUUACUUGAAGCCAUUUUUUUUAUUGUGCCUUCUAUAUCGCAUAUUAGUUUGUAUGUCAUACGAGCUUCAAGAUGAUACUUUACUAUUAUUCAUACCCCAUCAAUGUGCAGUGAUUUUCCUUUGGACUUUAAAUUUUAAUACAAAUAUUGAAUUCAGUUAGUAAGUGCAUGAAUCAGUAAUAUGCUGCUUAGGCAACAAAUAUUGAAUUUUGUUGGUUGCUUCCCUGUUCUUUAGUGUGUCAUAUUUUCUGUAUAUUUUUCUAUCACCAGCGUUUCACGCUAAUUAUUGAUUGCUAUAUACUGAAACGUUUCAAUUGUUGCCUUGCUCAACGUGGAUAUACAACUUGCUUUGCUUACACGGUGAAAGCCCCAUGGUGUUGGGUGUGCCUUCUAUGUCGCCUUUGUCUAGAUACUUGUCUCGCGGGGAUGUGGUUUUAUCGGUGGAUGGUGUGCCAAUACGGAAGGGGUACUGUGUUCCUAACCCUUUGUUGGAAGAAAGCAAGCAGAUGCUUGAGGGAAAAAAACAGUCUUUGUGUUCUGACAGUCUUACAUCAUUUACAAGUGUUCCAUGUGCUCAUACAAACGUCUCUGGUGAAGAUCACUUAAGAAGUAUUGAGAAAAUGUACUGCUUGAAUGCUAAGGAUGUAGUUAAGCUUAGUAAAUGUGGUGAUGGAUGACCGCCUGCUGUAACCAAUGGCAGCAACUGCUUCUGUUCGCAGGACGAGUCCUGCUUGAAUCCAAUUCAAAUUCCCGGCUUAAUAUGGGUUGAGGUCAGUUAUUCAAGGCCUUAUUCUCUGGAAUGCUUGCGGGUUAAAAGAAAAUCUUUUGCAGACUCAAGAAAUUCUGAUUCCAUGGAAUCUAAC